UAACAAAAAGAGGUACAAAGUCCCAUGAUUUCAGAUGAGGGAAAGGUCAUUCAUUACUUGAAUGGAGAAGAGGGAGCACAUCUUAGAGGUGAAAUAACAGCUGUUAUAACAUCACCUAGUACUCAUUUUUCAGGCGCUUAAAUUCUGGCUUUUCACCUCAUCAUUCAACAGAAGCUGCUUUUUCUAAGGGUGGGAAUUAUAACAGGUCAUUGCUUCUUGUGGAUGACAUAGUUGGAGACAUGCCUAUCAGAAAGAGUGACUCCAAGCCCUUGAUGAUAACAUCUACUCAAGGUAAGAACGUAAAAUCUGGACCAUACUUGAGUAAGAUGAGCAGGAAGGAGUUGGAGGACAGCUUCUCUCGACUUCAAGAGGAGAGCUUGCUGGUGAAGGAGUUAUCUUGGAAGCAAGAGGAUCAGAUCAAAAGGAUGAGGACAAAAUUGUUGAGACUCACAGCUGAAGGAAGAACUAGUGGGGAUGCCAGCAGGCCUAGCAGGAAUCUAAAGGCUGAAGAAACCAUUGAAAACCUGAAGGACCAAGUGUGGCAGUUGCAGCGACACAAUGAGGGACUCAACAACCGUCUCCUGAUGUAUAAACAGCAGCUGCAAGUCCAGAGCUCUGGGCGCUCUCCGUAUAGCUAUGUACAGCCUCGAAUCAAUACAGGGAGGCACCGGCUUCACACUUCUGAUGCGCACAUUUCAGCAAAACUCAAAAGAGCACCACCUACCAGACCAAGUUAUACAGCCCCUCCUAUAUACAAAGAACAUUUGACGGAAGAAGUCAGGGCUGAGAUGCCCAGUGAACCAGUCCAGAUUAUGACCAACAAUUCUGUGAAAGUGGAUGAACUAGAAUUGUCACCCAAGUCUCCAGAGAAGAUGUGGUCCAAAGAUGAAGAAUGUGAAGAGAAAAGCUCCUCAGAGCAUGCUCAGUUGGCUACAGAGUAUAGAGCUUCCAUUAGAGAGAAUGUGGAACGGAUCCAAGUGAUGAGACUCCUGCAUGAAAGAAGUUCUGCCCUUGUGGCAGCAAAGGCACAACUAGCAGACCUGCAGGAGUCUGAGAGAUUGAGACCCCUCAAAGACUGGAAUACAGGCCGGGUAAAAGAGGAAAAAGACAAGGAUGGAGUUGAAUUGCCAAGAGCAUUUAGCUGCAAAGCUGUUGCCUAA